UCCUGGAAACAAAGACACACAUUGACACAUAUUUAUUCAAGAUGUGAACGUAAAUCUGUUUAGCUCCAAAUAACUUAGAAAUUCUGGACUUAAAUUUCUCGUGUAAUAAUGCCAAUUGCGCCUCCACCUAAAGAGGAAGAACAGCAAGCAACAACAGAAGAAGCAAAAUACGUCCCACCAUUUGGAACAUUAGAAUGGAUACAACAUUGGAGUCAAGAAGAAGGCCUUCUGCCGACUCCGAUCGACGUGUCCAUCACUGGCUCCACAAUAUACUGGUGCCCUGAACUCAAGUGGUAUAACUUCGACGUUUACCCGCACAAAGUUAAACUAACAAACACCGGGUACACGAUUGUAUUUGGCGCAAAAUGGAAAACGGAACGUCCAUACUUAGAAGGCGGUCCAUUCGCAGAGAAGCACAUACUGUCACAGAUCCAUUUCCACUGGGGAGCAGAUAUGACUGAAGGAAGCGACCAUACAGUCGACAAAAGAAGAUAUCCCGGUGAAAUGCAGGUAACCUUCUUCCGUUCUGAAUACAUGACCCAGCAGGAAGCCUUCCGACAUCCCGACGGCGUGGUCAUGGUCUGUUAUAUGAUAAAGUACGGCGUUAACGCAGACGAUCGCUUAAGCUGGGUGAUAGAAGGUUUCCAAAGAAUACAAGAGGCUCAGACCAGCACACGAAUCGGCCCGUAUCCGAUGUCUCGUCUGAUGCCGAUGUUUUGCGAAGACUACUUUUUGUACUGGGGUGGUUUAAAGACAGCAAAAGGUGAAACUUAUGUAGUCAGGUGGUUGGUGCCAAGAGUCACGCUAUUCGCUUCAUUGGAGCAGAUGAAAGAAUUCCGAAAAAUUUGGGAUCCAUGGGAUGAGCCAAACCUACGGAAUUUCAGACCAUUACAGAAUAAUGAAGGCAGGCAUGUCCUUUUCAUCAACCCGCACUGGAAUAAAUAUAACUCACUGCUGCCUAUACCGAGGAUUCCAGAACCUUCUAUCUCUGUUCUGUCACCUGCGUAUCAAGCAAAUCCGUGGAUGCUACCACCGCAAAAUGCAUAUAUGAUUCCAAAUGAAGAUGAGCACCAGGAAUAAUUAUAUUCCUUUAAUGCUGGUUGAAAAGACCUGCGAUAGUGUUCAAUUAUUUUUGGAUCAAAUUCUACAUGCUUAUACAGUAUAUUAUAAAUCUUCUGCAUAA